GUGAACUGGCAACAAAAUACAGACUUCCGACAAUCUAGUACUUCACUUUUCUUUGUCGGAAGUCUGAAGUCCGGACUUCCGAAGUAAAAUUUAGUGCUGGCGCUAUUAUAUUUCAACACACAAGCUGCUCUGAUACCAAACGUCCAACAGGUGUUUCCGCAACCGCAUUUUAUUCACUCCACGUGUUUGCGUGUGGCUGUUUGAUUUUUUUUAACGGAAACUCACAGCGCAGGCGAAAAAGUUUCCCUGGUAACGUUCUACAAUCGGUCGAAUUUUGUUUAUUUCCAGCACUUUCCGAUAAACCUCAGAGAAAAUAUCAAAAAUCGAACUUUACAAUAAUCUAGCAGCAAUUUUAUCAGCUUUCAAGAAUGGAAGGCCUUCCGAAGCUUCCGGGUUACGAGUUUGCCGAUCGGAUACGCCAACGCCAUAAUGUGCCACAGUGUUUCAAGUACAUCAACGGAUAUCCGGUUCCGGAAAAACCGGCCUGCGGAAUCGGUGGGGAGCAACUGAACGAGGAUUCCAUCUUUUUCUGCACCGACGAUACGGAUGCGACGAUGUACGACCCGAUUCUAACUUACGGACGCAUUAAGAAACUUCCGAUUAAACCGUUCCGGCCGCAUUUCGUUCUGUACGACCAAAAGACGCUUAAAUUCAAUGCUUUCUUUCGGCAACCAGUCAUAGAGACUCCGAACGAAAGUUUUCGUGUUCGGUUUGUUAAUAUCCUGUAUUUUCUGGAGGACGACACAAUGACCGUAAUUGAGCCAUCUGUAGAAAAUUGUGGAUAUCCACAGGGACGUUUAGUAAAGCGUGGUAAAAUACCUAAAAACUGCUUGGGAGAAUCAUACAGUUGGAAGGAUUUGAACAUCGGAAUCGAUCUGGACAUUCAUGGCUACGUGUUCCACAUCACCGAUUGUGACCCAUUCACCAAGGAGUUUCUGUUGAGUAACGGAAUCGAACUGAAUGAAAUGGAAUUCCCUCCACCGGAUCCGGGAAUGACCGAGCGAUCCAUUCGGGAACGGCAGAACUUCAAACACCAUAAAAUGUAUGCGGUAUCUCGGGACAACCUUCGGAAGUAUUUAGAGUUUCAGGGCAAAGUUUUACAAUUUGACGUUAUAUUGGACGAAUCCGAUCUACCCGGUGGAGAAAAAAUGACAUACAAAAUGUACUACUUCCUGGAAGAUGACACAGUAUCGAUUAAGGAGUUGAAGGAAAAUUCCGAAGGCAGAGACUACUUUCCGAUGAUGCUGCGCCGGCAAAAGUUGCCCAAAAACUGGAAGGACAAGCUUGUAACCUACCCCUCGAUCGCCCUGGAGCUUUCCGAAGCGGAAGUAUCGGAGUACUACUCUCCCAAGGAUUUUCUGGUGGGUGGAACCAUAUUCGUGUACGGGCGUAAAUUUUUGCUACUAAACUGCGAUCAGUUCACCCGUAGCUACUACGAACGAGCGCUCAAGAUUCUGCAACCGAAACCGGUGGACAUGAGUGCUGCACCACCACGGACACCUCGUCAGGAAUUACCGGUUUAUUUAGGUUUGGGGACUCCGGAGGAUUCAAUUGCCUCUCAUCACAGUUUGGUUCCGAAAAGUCCGAAAAAAGAUUUGGUGACCUAUCUGAUUAAUAUGAACAAAUAUUUGCGCUACGGAUGCGUGCUGGACAACGUUCAUCCGGAGGACUCUAUUCGGAAGUUUGUCAUGAGUCUUUCGUUGGCCGAUGGAACGAUCACGAUUAUGGAGACAAGGAUCAGAAAUUCCGGCAUUCAGGGGGGUAGAUUUUUGGCGGCCACAAAGGUGUGGAAACCUGAUUGCGAUCCGAAUGCUCCGGAAUAUUAUACAGCUAAGGAUUUGUAUAUCGGGGCAGUUAUUGUGGUUCAUUCGCAUCGUUUCCGGUUGGUUAGCGCAGAUUUGUACGUUUAUCGGUACAUGCAGGCGCAUCCAGAGAUGUUUUCUCCCAGUGCGAUUGACACGGUUCGGGGAUAUUUGUUGAGUCAGGGUCAUUUGAAGGAAGAUUUGCAAAAGGCAAUAGAGGAAGAUUACCAAAAGUAUGGCCGUAGUGAACCUGCGGAUCCAGUGAGAGGAAUCGGGGAGGUAGAAAAAAGAUUGAACGAUUUUAGCAUCUCGGAAGACGGAAAGCCAAUUUCAGCUCCCGUUGUGGGGACAUUUGAUCAGCACUACUGCCCCUCACCGAUUGUUCCGGACGAGGAAAUCAAGAAAGCGUAUCAUACCAACGACAGCGAGGAACUGGCGAUGCAAGGCCAAAUCGAAGGCGAUGAAGUUGUCAAAUGUGGAAAAACUGUUCGAUUUGAGGAUCAUUGUUGAUCAGUCGUAUCAAAGUAGUACAAUUGAAAUGGAAAUUACUGGGACAGCAGGGAAUUUCACUUACCGGUUCACAACAGCACCUUUGGAAAGUGUUCAAGAGUGUUUUGGCACCAGUGUUGAUUGACAAAUAAAAGCACACCAAAUUUCGUUUAAAAAAACUACACUUUUAACCUAUUGAGAAAGAAAAUUCCCGAAAACCGACGAUAAACUGUAAAAAACACGAUACCGGCACUUUUUACUGAUAACACAAACAGCUGACUUUGUUUACAUUUACGAAAAACACGUUUUUGUUUGAACAACAUGGUAGAAAGAAAGGUGGUGCAAGUUAUUUGAUACGCG